AUGAAACAUUAAAAUUAUUAACAAUUAGAAGUUAAACAUUUGAAGAAAUUGUGACGCAAAUAAAAAGCAAUGACAAUCGUAUUAUACGUAUAAUAUAUUCUCUAUACGAUCGCGAUUGUUCCAGCGAUAAAGAAUCAGAGAGCCGCGCGAGACACGGUUAAUGUUGGUUACUCUCGAAGAAAUUAUUACAGGACGUCAUAAACUGAGGAUCGGUCAAGUGAUCAAUGCUCCGCACACGAUUUAUAUAUUUCAUAUAGAACUACCAGAGAUUGGCAAUUCCAAUAAUUUAUGCAACCCGUUCCCGUGUGUUCUCUCGCCGGGUUACGACGAGCGUUAUCUCUACAUUCGACAGCGGGCAAGAAUGAACGCCGGCAUCAUCUUUAGAUCAGUUUAUCAAACAAUCAAUUCCAUAGCUCCGAGAGUUUUGACGAUCCCGAUUAUGCAGAAUGUAUUGGCGCACAAAAUCCACUACAUGUGCAACAGGGAGAGAUUAAGUUCGCCGAACAGUUUGUCGAACAACAAAAAUACGUGUUCCCUCUUGCAACCCGUACUGCCCAUGUAUAACUCAGUGUGCGGUCUGAAGGCGAAGGGUCGCUUACAGCUACGUUGCAAGGACUGCUACUUUCUAUGUAAAAACGAGAGAUGGUACGUGAUGUGCAAAACGCAUCCUAGGCAUAAACAGGUGAAGAUUAAAAAGAAUGAAUACAAAACGUGGAUAUUAACAUCGGCUUCUCAGAGUAAAGUGCGAGGCUGGUAAAUGGAUGUAUGUAGAUCUUAAAUCUGAAGAUAAAAUAUUGGUGUGUACAGCAAAAUAUGAAAUAUGAAUAAAAUGUUUUCCAAAAUGUA